UCUACAGAAAGAACUACAGAAAAGCACGACAGUUUACGUCAGUUUAUACCGUUAUGCGGCAGCUAAAAAAAAAAAGUGCAUCUGAAGUAAACAUGUGGAGUGCUCAGUAGCCGGAAAUAUACACAGCGAUGGAGAACUACAGUAAAGCUCGGACCGUGGAGCGGCCGUCCGUCUGUCCGUUCUCCGGCCUCCCCGCAGACACGCCGCAGAUCCGCGUCAAAGACGGCAGCAAGAUCCGCAACCUGCUGCGCUUCGCUCUGAGCCGCAUGGAGGCCAAACCGAGAGCAGCCGAGGAGGAGGAGGAGGAGGAAGGUGGUGAGGAGGAGCGGCAGGAGGCGGCAGGUCGGCCGCUCUGCAAGCACCUCGUCUUCACCGCCAGCGGGAAGAGCGUCUCCAAGGCCAUCACCUGCGCAGAGAUCGUGAAGCGGCGCCUGAAGGGGCUCCACCAGCUCACCAGGCUGCUGUACGGCACCGUGGACGAGACGUGGGAGCCGCUGGAGCCCGACGCCGGCCUCGACAGCCUCACCGUCAGCAGGAACCUGCCCAGCAUCUGGAUCCUGCUCUCCAGAGAGCCGCUGGACGGCAGCCAGCCGGGAUACCAGGCACCGGGCCGCUACGACGCCCUGUGGGCUCAGAGCUCCAGCAGGGAGGAGGGCGGAGGGUUCACCGGACAGAGACCGGGGCACCGGAGGAAGAGAGGCGGAGGCAGAGGGAAGGGACCCGGACGUCAGAGUGGACGGUCCAGAGAGCCGGUGAAAGGACAGAACUGAUUUAUUGUAAAGUGCAUCAACAUAGAGAGACUCCGCCACACUGAGAGGAUUUAUAAAGGAUUUCUACAUUUAAAACUGAUUAUAAAUCCAUCACAGGAAAUGUUUUUUUCUUGAACUGUAUUAAAGUCAGCAGAACUGUUCUCAUCUGACUGUUGAGGUUUGCAGGAGCUGCUUUGAUUUAUA